UUUUUUUCCCAGAAAUCAAAGGCACGCGUGCUGCUGCCGGGUGGAGUGAGUGAGUGAGUGAGUGAGGGAGUGAAUGUGGAGUGUGGAGUGUAAACCCAGAUCCGAGACUCGGUGUGUGUCCCAACACUACGGCAGCUGUACGUUACAGCAUCAGGGAGCGGCUAGUGAGGGUCCUGCUGUAACCUUUAGGGGGAGAAAGACAGAGAGCGGGGGAGAGAGACACUGAGAGGGAGAGGAGGAGUGAGAGUUCAGCUCCAGCGGCUCUCGGACUGUGAGCGGCGGCUGACGCUGCUUCACAUCUGAGCUCUGACCUCCGUUAGUCAGACAUUCACAAUAUCGGUAGCUGAUCACUUCUCGGUUUAGAACACCGAGCUGUCGGUUCAUUUGUGUGUGUGUGUGUGUGUGUGUGUGGUGUUUUAGCUUCAGCGACAUCGUUUCGGCUCCUCCUGUCAGUCAGUCAGUCUGGUGAUUCGUUAACACCUCUGUCAGACUGGGCUGAGAUUGAUCUGUAGCUCGGCUGUGGUGGGCUCUCGGCUCCGCCGGGGGGCUGAGGCGGUUAAAACAGAGGAGAGCGGUGUUUCGGUUUGAGCGCCAUGGCCAAAGCGGAGUCGAAGCGGAGCGGCGCGGCGCUGCUGGUCGCCGGUAAAUCCGGCGCAGACGAGCAGGUGAACGGCGCGGCCGAGCUGCCUCUGCCCGCCGUCAGGGCUGCCAAAGCCUCGGGCACACGAGAGGCCACGAGCCGCCGGAGCACCGAGAGCGAAGUGUACGACGACGGCACCAACACGUUCUUCUGGAGAGCACAUACCCUGACUGUGUUGUUCAUACUGACGUGUGCUUUGGUCUAUGUGACCCUGCUAGAGGAGACGCCUCAAGACACAGCCUACAACACUAAGAGAGGGAUUGUGGCGAGUAUUCUGGUGUUCCUGUGCUUUGGAGUAACACAAGCCAAAGAUGGUCCUUUCUCACGACCACAUCCAGCGUAUUGGCGCUUCUGGCUCUGUGUCAGUGUUGUUUACGAGCUCUUUCUCAUCUUCAUCCUUUUCCAAACUGUGCAGGAUGGGCGAUUAUUUAUGAAGUACAUUGACCCGAAGCUCGGUGUUCCUCUGCCAGAGAGAGACUAUGGAGGAAACUGUCUCAUCUAUGAUCCCGGAAACACCACUGACCCCUUCCACAACAUCUGGGACAAGAUGGAUGGCUUUGUUCCUGCUCAUUUUCUUGGCUGGUACAUUAAGACAUUGAUGAUCAGAGACUGGUGGAUGUGUAUGAUCAUUAGUGUAAUGUUUGAGUUUUUGGAGUACAGUCUGGAGCACCAGCUUCCAAACUUCUCAGAGUGCUGGUGGGACCAUUGGAUUAUGGAUGUGCUGGUGUGUAACGGUUUGGGCAUAUACUGUGGCAUGAAGACUCUCGGCUGGCUUUCUAUGAAGCCGUAUCAGUGGCAGGGCCUGUGGAACAUUCCUACAUACAAGGGGAAGAUAAAGCGCAUUGCAUUCCAGUUCACUCCAUACAGCUGGGUAAAGUUUGAGUGGCGGCCAGCGUCUAACCUUCGUCGGUGGCUGGCAGUGCUGGGCAUCAUAUUUAUGUUCCUGCUGGCUGAGUUGAACACAUUCUAUCUGAAGUUUGUGUUAUGGAUGCCUCCAGAACAUUACCUGGUGCUGCUCCGACUGGUCUUCUUUGUGAACGUGGGUGGAGUGGCCAUGAGGGAGAUCUACGACUUCAUGGAUGACCCGAAGUUUCAUAAGAAGCUGGGUCAGCAGGCGUGGCUGGUGGCGGCCAUCACAGUGACAGAGUUCCUGAUUGUGGUGAAGUAUGACCCCAACACCAUUAUGCUCCCAAUCCCCUUCUUCGUCACACAGUGCUGGAUCCUAGGCAUCCUGCUCAUCUUCACCUGGACGCUGUGGCGCUUCUUCAUCCGUGACAUCACACUCCGUUACAAAGAGACACGAAGGCGUAAACAGGAGAAUUCAGCGGAGCGGGAGAGGCCCCCUGGCAAUAGCAACAGCAAUCCUGUGAUGGCCUCCGGCCGCAGCAAACUGAACGGCAACACGGACACCGUACGGCACCGGAAGUCUUGAGGAAAGGGGUGUGGUUUAACACUGCGCAGCUGUGACACACACACACACACACACACACACACACUCCGAGCGCCAACUAAUGUUUUUUCACUGGGUGAAUGCGUGUGUGUGUGUGUGCGUGCAUGUGCGCAUGUGUGUGUGUCUGCCUGACUUCCCUUGACCGAACCAUUCCAACGCUGUUCAACACACACAGACUGGUGGUGAUGGGUGCCAAUCGUUUAUUCUACAUGACGGGGAGACGUCUUGCAUUUUGUAUCAGGAAAAAUGUGCUUGAUCUUAUUGUUACGUUGAUCAUUUUUGCAUGUAUAUUGGUUAAGCUGUCAUAUGCUGUUAGCUGCCCCUGCACAUACACAGCAUGACUGACUACUCUGAAAAGGUGUAUGUGAGAGAGAGUGAGUGAGAGGGGGAGUGAAGGGAGGAGGAGGAGGAGUGUGCGUUUGAUGGACGCUCUGUUCCUAAGGUUGCCUUAUAGUCCGUUCUGACCAGACUAUUCACACAUGCUUGUAAAUGUGACUCCAAUGCCAUGGGCAUAGGAAGGGUGUUGUUUUUUUUAAUUCGUUCUUCUUGCUGCUAUGCAAUAAGACACUAGAGUAGAAUUUGCCUCUACACAUGUUGUAGUUCAUUAGGCUUAACUCUAAAGAUCUCUUUGCUGGAGUACUGCUGUUACACAGAUUAACAUGCUGGAACACACAUGAACAUUGAUCUUUUUUUGUGUUAAACAGGGAAGAAUGUUCUCUCAGGAGAAAAGUCACUCUUAUGAUGUUGGUUAGGUUGUUAUCCUCCAGAGAAAGUAGGAUUAGUGUGUGCUUCAGCAGCGUAGCAUUUAUUUCACUGGGGUUUUUAAUCUGAUAAACUGACAAGACUGUAGACACCAACUACAUUUAGCUAAUAUGAAUCUUCAUUCGCACACAUGCGUAUGUCCAGUACUGUGCAGAAGCCUCACUUGAGAAGAUUAUAUUUAAAAAGCUAUUUAACUGGGCGUUUAUUCACUUAGACACUAAGAGUAAAUCCAAGUAAUUUUAAGACAAUAAGUAUUGAUUUUAUGUAUGUCAAUAUGCGUCAAACUGACAACCUGGUAUUAUUUGUAGUUACCACUCCUUACCUGGCUUGGUUAAACAAUGCUUCGUAAAAUUAUAUCAGAUGGAAUUUAACAAAUCCAUAUGAUGGCUGAGGGCAUCAGGGAGGAGUUAGGAACCAAAGUUUGUUCCUCACACUAGCCUUCAAGAUGAAGUUGAAUGCAAAAGUUUGGGCACCCCUGGUGAAAUGACAAGUUUCAUUGAUUGAAGUGGAAAGUAGUUUACACAUCCUCUACAGAGAACACACUUCUGUAUAUUUUAAUACACAAUGACCAUAUAUUUGCUGAAAUUAACAUAUUAGGGGACAAAAUACAACAAAAAAAAAGGUUACAUGUAUGCAUAUAUGUAUAUGCAAAUAUUUAAAUUUGUUGCCUGUAGAGGAUGUGUUUACUUUUUAUUUAAAAAAAAAUAAAUAAAUAACAAAACAUGUAAUAUGAGCGGUGGUGUUCAAACUUUUGCAUACACUUGUUACCUACUUUUUUUGGAAACAGGAAAUUCUUGGUAUUUUUACCACUUUAUUGUUUGUAUUUAUUCUAAUGUUACAUCAUGUUUUACAGUUAAAAAAUACAUAGUGCCCAGAUAAAUGUGUUUAAACCGUUUUGUUUAGGUGCCUUUUUGCACAGUACUGUACACACAUGCAAACAGACUGAGAGAGGAGUACAGUCUCUCUGAACUCACAGGACGAUGGUCAACCUGGUUGGACCAAAGUUGGGGGUUCUUAGGGGGGGAUCUGCUAUCAGUUCACUACAGCCAAUCCCUGUGCUCAGGGUGACCCCUCCACCUCCUAUAAGCCAUUAACGUUAAAACGUUUUUUACACAUUCAUGCCAAUGAUGUCUGCUUGCACCUGUGCUCUGUGUGUGAUCCAAACUAGCAUCAGCUCUUGUUGAGUGUUAAAUAGCCUCACUUUAAGUGGGUAAGAGAAUAUUCCACACGCGUGUUUUGUUCUAGCUAAUCACACAACUGCAAAGUGCUGUGCAAAAUCAGUGGACCAAUGUUUCCAGGACCGUGCUAGUUGUUGCGUAAUCUAAAAAAGAAAAAUGUCUAGCGAUGUGAGAACCAGUCAAAUAUAUUCCAGUGUGAGACUGUUUUCUUCCACUUUGAGUGGUGAAAGGUUUGAAAGACUUACUGGGUGACAGGGUAAGUAGGGUUCUACCUGCUGUGUAAAAGAAAUGUUUUCAUCUCAAAGGCAGAGGUGAUUUGGAAUCAGGCUGUAUGUGUUCUGAGGGGGAGGGGCUUAUACAAUUUUGAAGUUUGUAUAAUUUUGUUUUUCCCCUCUAGUCUGCUGUGCCAGUGUGUGUUUGUGUUUCGUGUUCAUGUGUAUUUUGAAGAUUAGGAGAAAUGUACAAACUGUCCAGAACUGCCUCAAGUGACGUAGAACACGCUGAUGCCAUUAUAAUCUUACUGUGAAUGUAAACUGAUGACCUAGAUGUUUGCAGGACGGGGCUGUUGGAGCCCUCAAUGCAAAAGUUUUACUACAUAUGUACUGAAUUUAUGUAUUAUGCUAGGUGUGUUUGUUUUUUCUUGUUGUAAGUUAGUGGCAAAAAAGAUGACAUUCUUAUCCAAGUCACUGUUCUGUAUUAUUUUUCCUCUUUUUACACAUUUAUCUCUUAUUUUUGGUUUACUGGCCUGAUGAAUUCUGUUACUGUCCAUGAAGAUGUAUGAUUGAUGUCUGCUGUCAGGCAGUGGGGAACAGAUUACUGAAAGGUCAUUAACAACUGGAGUUUUCCAUCCCUGAGUUCAUGCCAUGUGACUUUGUGCUACAGGCUGAAGCAUCUCUAAGGCUCCUGCCCUCUGAGCACUGCCACUGUGUCUUUGAGCAAGGCACCUAACCCUACAGUGCUCCAGGGCUUUAACUCAUUCCUCUUCUACCCAUCACCCCCACCUCUAAGGUGUGCUUGCAGAGCAUACCCUCGUCCACUAUUCUAGGGUGUGGUGUGUAAAUUGGAGUAUGUUCUCAAAAUUUCCUCAGUUAGACUGAGCAGUGAACCGGUUUAGCCGGUUUGUGUUGGAGGCUUAAAAGAGGUAAAUACUCUUACUCUAGAUGCCAUGAGUCUGCAGGCCUGUCCCCACUCCAACAUGGGUGUCUUGCAUGAUAAAGAUAUUAAUAUAAAAAAGACGAGAAAUACUGUGUGUAUGUGUGUGUUUGGGAUGUGGUAUUUCUUCUGGGUAAAGAACUCAAAGUCAUUUCUAUUAGAUUGGGUUAUGUGAGAAUAUCUCAUCGUAGUCUAAACAAUAAAAGAGAAAGUGGAUGAUGUGAGUCAUGUUUUAUAAAGAGAAUAAAUUUAAAUAAAAGACAA